AGCGGCUGUUUUUAACAAUUACUGCUCAUACUAACUGCGGUAACAAAUCUUAUACAAGUUUGUUCCGAUUGUGUGGAUUCAACCUCAAAGCCUCAAGAAGAUUGUGGAAAAUUCAAGAAGACUGUGGAAGAUGCUGCUCUUUUUUCUGAUGUACAUCCUACUCAUGUCAAGCACAAACAUGGCUGCUGGUUCUCAGCGUUGUUCCCACCCGACAACGGAUGGCAAAUGUUGCAGCAUUCCUUUUACCUAUAAAGGAAUUAAACACCAUUCUUGUACCACGGCUAAUUACAACAGACUGUGGUGUUCACUGGAUUCGACUUACAAUGGAAAAUGGGGUGUUUGUGUUGAAUGUUUGUCAAACACGAUGAAUGGCCAAUGCUGCAGCAUACCUUUCACCUACAAAGGAGUGACUUACACUUCCUGUACUACAGCGAAUCACAACAGGUUGUGGUGUUCACUGGACGCUACCUACAAGGGAAAAUGGGGAAACUGUGUCGAGUGUUCCCACAAGACAACAGCUGGCCAGUGUUGCAGCAUUCCUUUCACUUACAAAGGAGUCAAACACUAUUCCUGUACCACAGCUAAUCACAACAGACUGUGGUGUUCCUUGGAUUCCACUUACAAAGGAAAUUGGGGAAAUUGUGUCCAGUGUUUGCACAAGACAACUGGUGGUCAGUGUUGCAGCAUUCCUUUCACUUACAAAGGAGUGAAGUACAGUUCGUGUACCACAGCUGAUCACAACAGACUGUGGUGUUCACUGGAGUCCACUUACAAAGGAAAAUGGGGAAAUUGUGCAUGAUGGCUCAACAAGUGACUGACUGCGUUAAAAGGAGAAGGGAAUAACACAUGGGAAACAGUAGAUGUCUCAAGUUUUAACGAUGAGAUCUAUAGUCUUCGACAGAAAUAAAGUUCUCGAGUGAUGCAUUUCAA